AUGAACACUGGCCUCGUUCACAGCCGCUUCCUCUCCAAGCCCGAUGAGGUCGGCGUCGUCGCCGUUGGCUUCUCCGGUGGUCAGCCCAAGGCCGGUGUGGACAUUGGUCCCGCCGCUCUCAUCCAGUCCGGUCUCCUCACUGAGAUCCGCGAUGAGCUCGGCUACAAGCUGUUCGGCGACGAGUCCGUCCAGCAGUUCGAGGACCUCGUCCCUGAGUCAGACCCCGACUACCGCGGCAUGAAGAAGGCCCGCCAUGCGUCUGCCGUUACUCGCAAGAUCGCUUCUCACACCUACGAGCACUCUCGCGAGGGCCGCAUGACUCUCACCCUUGGCGGUGACCACAGCAUUGCCAUUGGUACGAUUGCCGGAACAGCCAAGGCUACCCGCGAGCGCCUCAACCGCGAGAUCGCUGUUAUCUGGGUUGAUGCGCAUACCGACAUCAACACACCUGAGAGCAGCGACAGUGGUAACAUCCACGGCAUGCCUGUUGCUUUCUUGACUGGUUUGGCCAAGGACGACAACGAGGAGUACUUUGGCUGGCUCGAGGAUGAUAUGCGUCUGAGCAUCAAGAAGCUGGUGUACAUCGGUCUCCGCUCCGUUGACAUUGGCGAGAAGAAGAUCCUACGUGAGCAUGGCAUCAAGGCUUUCAGCAUGCACGAUGUUGACCGUCACGGUAUUGGCCGCGUCGUCGAGAUGGCCCUCGCUUACAUUGGCAACGACACUCCCAUCCACCUUUCCUUCGACGUCGAUGCCCUCGACCCCAUGUGGGCUCCUAGCACCGGCACACCCGUCCGCGGCGGCCUGACUCUCCGCGAGGGUGACUUCAUCUGCGAAAGCGUGCACGAGACCGGCAACCUCAUCGCCAUCGACUUGGUCGAGGUGAACCCCCAGCUGGCCGACGGAAAGCAGGCAGAGCAGAACACAAUCCACGCUGGCUGCUCGCUGGUGCGGUGCGCUCUGGGCGAGACACUGCUAUAG